UGGACGCCAUUUUGGAUUAGUCAAUUGUCUGCGGGAUUGAGAGCCUGACUCUGAGUAUCUCAGAGCUUUUAGACAUCUUAAUAUUGUAAAGAACCAGUUAACACCAGUUUCACCUCUUAUUGUCUACACCUGGUUCGUGUACAGCUGACUUAUACCAGGACAGUGAAAAUACUACGGUAAUUACUACGCAGUCAUCUGAAUGUGUAAGCGGGUCAGUGGCCUGUUAGCACGCUCAGAAGAAACUGACGGGGCGGUGGUAGUUGUAUAUAACACAUUUUCUGUAUGUACGGUUAAAGUCGAUCAUUGGUCGUAAUGCUAUGUGUAUACCUGUCAGUUGUGCUCCACGUGGGGCCAUGAGUUGCUACAGUAGGAAGGAACCACUGCUAAGCUUGGUUAGUAGUUAGCAUUGCUAGCUUAAAUCAACUAACGCAAUAAUGUUUAAAGUCAGAUGCACCAAGUCUCGGUUUUUGGGCUAUGAAUAGAAUGUGAAAGUAUUGAUCAUACUCGGUGGAGUAGCCUAACUAUAAUUAUGUUUAAUAGACGUAAACACUAUAAAAGUGGCUGUUUUCAAUAACUUGGUGUGGUGACGGGUUUUUAUUUUGUUAGUUUUAAAAAGCUGCUAGAGAUGUCUGUCUCUAUGUCUCACUGAUGACUUCCGUUUGUUAGUUUUAAGCUGCUCCGGCCUCAGGAAGCUGCAGAGGCUUCGAGUCAUGGUGCAGCAGUAAAUACGUGAAGAUACUUUUAGCUCGUUAGCUUAGCCGCCUUAGCGUCCGGAGCUAAAGUUGUGUUGGUGUGUGGAGACGUUGUCCAUGUGUUUGUGCUGCUUUCUGUCUCUAACUAACUCAUUUCCAGUGUUCCGGGAGUGUUUCUGAUUGAUUUUGUAGGUUUAGUUCCACCCUCUUGGCCCUCUCUGGGAUCCCUGGAUGUGGACAGUUUGUCCUCAGUAAAAUGCUUUGGCCGAAGAUUUUUUCUUUGCUCCUGUUAGAACAACAGCAGAAAAGUCGCCAGAAGCACAAUUGUCCUGCCAGCUAAAACCCAAAUGUCACCAAGUUCACACAAUGCUACCAAGUCCAAGAAGAAACUGAAGACUUUUUUUUCCACAUGUCAUCCCAUCUUCCGCCUCUUCAGUUUAAGCAUCUUUUCCUUGUCUGGCUGAUUAUGCAGCCCACUUACUUCUAUCAUUAGUUACUUCGGUUGUAAAGAUUAAAAAAGAAAACUACAACAAAGGACUGUUACAGCCUCUGUCAGUACUGCUUAGCAGUCUGGCACAUUUAAAGAUGUCUCAGAGUCAUAGACACGUUUCUCUGGGCGACCCACCCCACUUUUCCUGUUAUCUCAUGGAUCAAGUGUUCCUUCAGGACUCCAUACUAUUGCGGAGACACCAAACCAGCCGUGAGGAAGCCACCUUCUCAAUCAACUCAGGAAGUCUACCAGCUGGUUGCUGUCAUUUACCACUAUGGCCAACUAUGGAGAUGAUUGCUUCUUCUAUUACUAUUCUACCUGCACAAGAGGUGACAGCUGCCCGUUCAGACACUGUGAGGCUGCUAGAGCUAACGAGAUCAUGUGUACCCUCUGGCAGGAAGGACACUGCUUCCACGAAGGCUGCAAGUUUCGCCACAUGAAGAUCACUAAAAACCGGAAGGAGAUCCCCUGUUACUGGGAAACUCAGCCAGCAGGCUGCCUGAAACCACACUGUGCUUUCUUUCACGAGAAACCACGCUUGAUAGGUCAGAGCAAAACGGAGGAAUCCCAAAAUGAGGAACAGACCCCUUCACCUGCUCCUGUUCUGCCCAACACAGCCAACCCUCAGCUCAGAGGCAUCAUCAAGACAGAAACCCAGGAGCCAGUACCAAGCCCAACACACCCACCUGUGGUUAUUAAUCCAGCAGACGAUGAUGAGGAUGAAGAUGACCAAUUUUCUGAAGAGGGAGAUGAUGGAAAACUCGGCCCUUCACCAAAGAAGAUGCCUAAAUCAGGCGAUAUGGUGAAUUUUGGAGUUAGCACCCUGGAAGAGAUCCGACUAAGGAAGGCUCUGAAGGCCAGCAUGAAAAGAGCGGGUUACCCAGUCCAGAGUGCUGAAUCCUUGGCCAACAAAGAAAAAGAAAACAUCCGUUCAUUUCGUCGCCAAACACUGUCAGAGUCUAAAGUUUCCGUGGUUUUAGAAGAAUCUGGGAGACCAAGAGGCAGUAUGGCUGAAAGGCUUGGGAGGAAGAUUCCCACCAGCGACUAUAAUUGCAGGGACAAAGUUCCACUGAAGAGAAGUCUGGCUGAGCGUCUGGGUGAAGUUGUGGAUGAAGAACAACCUCUUAAAGUAUUGAAACCAGUAAAGGAAAGACUUGGACUGCUCACUGGUCCCGGCGGAGCUGCCCAUCCAGCUGAGACCUGCGGGAUCUCCACAAGAGCUUCUCAAGAGGUACACAUCAAAACUCUAGAGGAGAUCCAACGAGAGAAGUCUCUGAGCCAGAAUCAUGUCACUAGCACCAAUCCCACCAAAGCCACCUGCGCCAUCAAGCGAGUCCUUACUGGGAAAGUUGGGAAAACCUUUUUGGAAGUUUUUCCAGCAAAGAGGCUGCAUCUGAAUGAGGAACAUGAGUUAAAUCCCAGUCAGAAGAAGCCAGAGCCCUCGUUGGAGAAUGCUCUGGGCAAGAGCCAGGUGGAGCCAGACCCUGAACCCACAAACAUGGAGAAGGUUAAAGUUAAGACCCUGGAAGAAAUUCGCAGGGAAAAGUCAUCAAAAGUUCAGCAAGCUGAAACCAGGAAGGACUCUGACACCGAAAGCAGCCUUUCCAAGGUGCAGCGCAUAAAGAAAGCACCCAAGCUAACCUUUAAAGGUGAAACCACAGCAGAACCGAGUGAGGUGACAGAGGUGCCGCCGGACGCUGCCCCUGAGGCCUGUAACUUCAUCAAGGUUAAGACCUUCGAGGAGAUUAUGCGUGAGAAACGUCUUCGGAAACAAGAAAUGGAGGAGCAUGUUAAAAGCUCAGCGGAAGCGGGUUCCUGUCGGAGCCAAACUAGCAGGGAUGCCCCCAACACAAAUGUUCGGAUGUCAUCGAAGUCCUCCACGCCGCGUCCUAAAGGCUCUGUUCGAAAACUCAUCACAGUCAGACCAGAAGCACCCACAGCUCUGAGCAGAACCGUUCCUGUGGUCCCAGACCCUCAUUUGGAUCCAGAGACCGAGACCAGCUCCCAGCAACUUGUAGACAAGAACACAAGCUCCACCCUUCAGCUUUCAGCCAGGAGGGCCAAAGAGGCUCUGCCUGCUCAAGAGCCAGCUACUGAGAAACCACCGCGCUGUAACCAGACGAAAUCCUCAGAACAUCCUGCCGACCCCAAAGUGAGGCCCAAACUGAACGUGAAGCCGUCUGUGAUGAAGCCAGCGGUCCAGGUGAAGCCAGGCCAGAAGAUGAGAAGGGCAGAGCCCUCUGCUGUUGCUGCUGUUAAACCUCUGAGCAGCAGCACCACAGUUCAGGAGGAGUCGCUCCAGGAGCCAUGCAAGAAUACACAGGGACUGCCAUCUUCAAACGGAGAGGCUCAGCUGAUCUCUGCUGUUCCUCAUAGUCCCACCAAUCUGCUGGAUUCUGGAUUUGGAUCCAGCCCUCUGAGAGAGGAGCUUCAGACGGUCCCCAUCUUCAUGCACCAGGAAACCCAACCAGCUGUCGGAGACAUCUGCGCCGUCCCCCAAAG